ACUUUAAUAAUAGUAAUAAAAGUAAUGAAGAUGAAUUGAAAGAUGAAUUGGCAAAAAGUAAUAAAGACAAGAUUAUAGAAUUAACUGAAUCUGAAACAAAGUUAUUAACAGAUAUAAAAUUUUUAUAUUACCAAGUACAAUAUAAAAUGCUAGCAAAAUUAGAGCAAAAAAGAUAA